UCCAUCAUCUCUCUGCGACUCUUGAGUUCUUGUACGGUUCUGGGUUGGAUCAGGAGAAGCUAGAUGGCAAGUGGGAAGCGCUUGAUCCUGCAGCUGUUGGUGGUGUGCUUGGCGGCGCCGGCGGUCAGGUCGGCCUGGCUCCAGGGCACCGCCACCUUCUACGGCGGAAGAGACGGCUCCGGCACAAUGGGUGGCGCUUGUGGUUACUCAAACCUGUACGACGAGGGGUACGGGCUCAGCAACGCGGCGCUGAGCACGGUGCUGUUCAACGACGGGGCCUCGUGCGGGCAGUGCUACCUCAUCAUGUGCGACCAGAGCAAGUCCAGAAUGUGCAAGACCGGAAAGGCCAUCACAGUCACCGCCACCAACUUAUGCCCCCCCAACUACAACCUGCCCAACGACAACGGUGGGUGGUGCAACCCUCCUCGCCCCCACUUCGACAUGUCCCAGCCGGCAUGGCUCAACAUCGGCAUCUAUGAGGCCGGCAUCAUCCCCGUUGUCUACCAACAAGUGAAAUGCUGGAGAACAGGUGGGUUGCGAUUCACAAUAUUAGGGUUCAACUACUUCGAGUUGGUACUGGUGACAAACGUGGCCGGGAGCGGGUCGAUCAAGAGCAUCUCGGUAAAAGGUACCAAAACCGGAUGGACCCAGAUGUCAAGGAACUGGGGAGUCAUCUGGCAGGGCAUGUCGGGGCUGGCGGGACAGUCGCUCUCCUUCAGUAUUAGCUCCACCGGUGGACAGAACAUCGUCUUCCAGAACGUCAUCCCAGCAGGGUGGACCUUCGGCCAGACCUACUCCACCUGGCAGCAGUUCAACUACUAAGAGACGAAAUUACAAUGGUGUUUGACAUAGGAUUGUACACGUAGUAGGACCAUGAGUUGGACACGUUGUACUUGGAUCCUAUUGUAAUGCUAGCACCACAAAGUACAUCUAUGAAUACCAAACCACGAGGACCUCGGCGAUCAUUUGAGUAGAGUCAAAUCUACCUGAUCAUAUCAAAUUUUACACCCCAUAUCCACAAACAUCGUAAAUUGGUAACACGACAAUAUGUGUGC